GCGUGGGGCCAUGACGGGAUGUGUGUCUGCAGGACGUGCGGGGCAAUGAUGGGGAGCAUGAAACCCUGAGCAGUGUGUGUAGGGGGGUGUUGGUGGUCUUGAGAGAUGUGGGGCAGCGAUGGGGGUGUCCAUGGUCGUGUGAGGUGUGGGGCUCACACGAGGAGGGCACGUGGCCAUGAGCAGCGUGGUGGUGGUGGUGGUGGUGGGGAGCGUGUGGCCUCCAGCGGCGUGGGGCAGCCGUGGGCACAUGGCUGUGAUGAUUUCAGUCCGUAGGAGCCGGUGUAGCCAGCAGGAAUGCUUUAGGGAAUGGUGGAAAAUACUAGUAGCAGUAAAAACAUUGCACUUCAGCAUCGACCCCCGCCCCGCGCUGCCCAUGGUAACUCACAGAUGCAGAUGCCCCCCUCCAUACAGCUCUCCAAAAUAAUUUGGCUUCCCUCAUUUCUCAGUUUUGGGAGGGAUGUUCAUUUUAAUAAUUUUACGUGAUCUAGGGAGUGAUCCCCACAGUAAGAGCUAUCCGUGUUUCUGACUCUUGUUCACGGCAGUUUGAGUUAAGUCCUGUAGCUACUUGAGAAAACAUCGACACUGUGGCUUUUGCCAGUGAAGUUUCCUAGAUGUGUAGAGCUCCAGUUACAGAACUGCUGCUCCUGCUGGUGAGGAGCUUAGCACGAGUACCUGCCCGGGAUGCGUGCCAAGACCCCCAGGGGCUUUGCUCUGAUCCUGUACGUGGUGCUGCCUAAGGCAGGCUGACGGUGUUGACUUCAGCUCAAAAGACAUCAGCCGCAGCCACUUUUACAUAACCAGAGAAGAAGUCAGGAAAGAAGAAGGGUAUUUAAUGGUUAUUUUUAUCUUUGUGAGGCUGAUUUCCUGAGCUAGACUCCUCUAUAGAGUUCUUCGUGUCUCCUGCCAUCGCUUACUACAGUCUGGUCCCUGACUGUGACUACUAUCUAAUUUGUUCUCUGGAUGGCAGCAGCAUCUGAAGUGAAGCAAUUCAGGCUGAUUUUGUUUGUUCUCGACAACUGUGAGCCAGUUCUGGUGUGUGCUUGAAAUGCACCAUCACUGCCACAAUUUGUUCCUGUAUGGUGGCCAGGAGUUACCUUAACACGAGGAGCUCUGACUUCGCUUCAUGGCAGUCCUCAGCUUCCUUGAGUCAGUGGAGAGUGACGGUAAUGAUUGGGUUAUGGGGAGAUCUCCCCACUCCAUGCCCUACUGAAGUAACAGACUCUAUAUAACUUCUCUGAGAAUUAAAUGUCAGCAGGUCAGCGAUCAUGAGCAACUGCAUUAUGUGCCUCUGUAUAUGUGAGACAGAGGCAGGAACAUAAGAAUUAUGGGAAAGAUUUGGACAUAAAUUUGCUGGAGUGAUAUUAGAUAAUGUCAAAGAUGGGUAGAGAACUGUCGAAGGGCAGAUUUAGAAGAUAAGACUCCAGAUCAACUCAACAAGCACUACAGGCUGUGCGCAAAACAUUUUGAGACUUCUAUGAUAUGUAGAAGUAGUCCUUACAGAACAGUUUUAAGGGAUAAUGCUGUGCCAACUAUAUUUGAUCUUACAAGUCAUCUGAACAAUCCACACAGCAGGCAUAGAAAAAGAAUAAAAGAGCUGAGUGAAGAUGAAAUAAGAACAUUGAAGCAGCAAAAGAUUGAUGAAGCUUUUGAACGGGAACAGACAACUCAAGAGUUGAACGAAAGCAGUGCGCAGAAUACUGUCUCAGAGGAAGGAGGGGAAGAACAAGAGGAGGAAGCUGUUCCCUUAACACUUGAAGAAAGAGAAAACAAAGAUUACCUUAAAUCUUUGUUUGAAAUUUUGAUCCUAAUGGGUAAACAAAAUAUUCCCUUGGAUGGCCAUAAUGUUGAUGAACUUCCAGAAGGUAUUUUCACUUCAGACAAUUUCCAAGCUCUGCUGGAAUAUAGAAUAAAUGCUGGAGAUGAAGUUCUGAGGAAACGAUUUGAGAUGACUGCAGUAAAUCUUGAGUAUUGUUCAAAAACUCAGCAGAAGCAAAUGCUUGAGAUCUGUGAAAGCUGUGUUAGAGAAGAGACACUGAGGGAAGUAAGAGACUCUCACUUCUUUUCUAUAGUUACUGAUGAAGUAGUAGAUAUAGCUGGAGAAGAACAUUUGCCAGUUUUGGUGAGAUUUGUCGAUGAGUCUCAUAAUCUAAGAGAGGAAUUCAUAGGGUUUUUGCCUUAUGAGGCUGAUCCUGAAAUUUUAGCUGUUAAAUUCCACACGACUAUCACUGAAAAGUGGGGUCUAAACAUGGAGUACUGUCGAGGUCAAGCCUACAUCGUCUCCAGUGGAUUUGCUUCUAAAAUGAAAGUUGUAGCUACAAGACUCUUGGAAAAGUAUCCACAAGCUGUGUAUACGCUGUGUUCCUCUUGUGCCUUAAAUGUAUGGCUGGCAAAAUCUGUCCCUGUUGUUGGUGUUUCCAUUGCACUAGGAACAAUUGAAGAAGUCUGCUGUCUUUUUAAUCAGUCUCCACAAUUACUAGUAGAACUGGACAAUACAAUUUCUGUUCUUUUUCAGAACAAUGAGGAGAAAGGUAAUGAGCUGAAGGAGAUCUGCCGUUCUCAGUGGACGGGCAGACAUGAUACUUUUGAGGUUUUAGUGGACCUGAUACAAGCAUUGGUACUGUGUUUGGAUGGUGUUAGCAGUGACUCAUCUGUCCGGUGGAGCAACUUUAUUGCUGGUCGAGCAUUUGUACUUUCAAGUGCGUUAACAGAUUUUGACUUCAUUGUCACUAUUGUAAUUCUGAAAAACAUUCUAUCUUUUACAAGAGCAUUUGGAAAAAAUCUCCAAGGACAAACAUCAGAUGUAUUCUUUGCAGCUAGCAGCUUAACAGCAGUGUUGCAUUCUCUGAAUGAAGUGAUGGAAAAUAUUGAAGUUUACCAUGAAUUUUGGUUUGAGGAAGCAACAAAUUUGGCUACAAAACUGGACGUACAAAUUAAACUUCCUGGAAAAUUUCGCAGGGCACAACAGGGUAAUUUGGACUCUGAAAUAACUUCAGAAAAUUACUACAAGGAAAUCCUCAGUGUCCCUGCAGUGGAGCACAUUAUUCAAGAAUUAAAAGACAUAUUCUCAGAACAACAUUUAAAAGCUCUCAAAUGUUUAUCAUUAGUGCCCUCAGUCAUGGGGCAGCUCAAGUUCAAUACAUCUGAAGAGCAUCAUGCUGAUAUGUACAAAAAUGACUUGCCUAAUCCAGACACGCUUUCUGCUGAGCUUCAUUGUUGGAGAAUCAAGUGGAAGCACAGAGGAAAAGACAUUGAACUUCCAGCUACUAUUUAUGAAGCACUUCAUUUGCCUGACAUAAAAUUUUUCCCUAAUGUAUAUGCAUUGCUCAAAGUCUUGUGCAUUCUUCCAGUAAUGAAGGUGGAGAAUGAGAAAUACGAAGUAGGGCGAAAGCGCUUAAAGGCAUACCUGAAAAACACUUUGACUGAACAAAGGUCAAGCAACCUAGCUCUGCUCAACAUAAACUUUGAUAUAAAACAUGACUUAGAUUUAAUGGUGGACACCUACAUAAAACUUUAUCCAGAUAAAGUAGAAUUUCAAGAAGACUUUCUUCCCUCAAAUAACUCCGAAGUAACAGAAGAUGCUUAAUUUUUUAAGCUCUAACCAGUCUGUUGAAACAGCUUUUUCCUAGCUAAACUUCAAGGUUGAGAUAAAAAGCUGUGAAAUCUCAAAAAUCACUGCAAUGAUAUUUCCAUUUUAGGUCUCAGACUGAAGAAGCAGUGGUCAAUGACGCAAGCUGUGUUUUGUUUAAUCUGCAUUAAAUAUAUUAUGUGGACAAAAACAAGCCUGAAAAUAAACCUGCUCUUGGCGAAGAUGGUGCUUUCUCCAUCUGAAUGACUUAACUAGGUGCUCGUUUACUUUGUUGCAUCUUGGAAAAAGUAUGUUGUGGUGAUUGUAGAUCUGAUGGGGCUGUUACAUAUUCACUCAUGAAUAAGGAUAAGAAAAAACUCACAAUGUUAAAAAGAGAGUAUAGUCCAUUUCAGUCUAGUUACUUAGAAUUUUCCUCUUUUUGAAAACCUAAAAAAAAUCUUUAGGCAUACAUUGGCAUUUUGGAGUGGAUUCAGCUAUUGCAUGAUCUUCAUGCUGUGGACUGUUCUCUAUAAAAAGUAAAAAUUAAUGAUUUAGAGGUACGAUGAGGUUUUAUUGGAAAAGUCAGCCUCUUUAAUCACUUGAUGACUGUUUACAUUCCUUUGUGUGAGGCACACAAUUGUUUUUUUUUCUUUAGAUUUUUAACAGGUAUGGCAGGAAUACUGAAAUUCCUUGAAGACACUAAAAAUUAAGUUUAUUCUGUGGCAUUUAAAUGUUUGUUCUAUCCUGUCUCUGAUACAAAAUUGUGCAUUUUAUUGUCUUUAUUUGUAACCUCACCCAGGAAAGAUUACAAGGAAGAGUUGUUGUUUGUCUAGAAGUAAGAUUGAAAAUAUUGCUGUUAUUUUUGGCAAAAAUAAAACAUUUUGUACAGU